CAAUUGCGACGGCAUUACACAGGCUAGGAAAAAUAGAUAAAUACGGGCAGUACAGCCGCUGCAUUCCCCAAACGGGAGGCUCACCCUAAACCCUCAAACUCCGUACAAUGGAGUCCCACCAACCAACAAAAAGCUGGAGCAUACAUACCCGACCCGAAAUCAUAGCCAAGUACGAAAUCCUGGAGCGCGUUGGCUCCGGCGCCUACUCCGACGUCUACAGAGCCCGAAGGCUCUCCGACAACCUCGUCGUCGCUCUCAAAGAGGUCCACGACUACCAGUCGGCGUUCCGCGAAAUCGAGGCCCUCCAGAUCCUGCGCAAUUGCCCAAACGUCGUCGUUCUGCACGAGUACUUCUGGCGGGAGGAUGGGGACGAUGACGCUGUGCUCGUUUUGGAGUACCUAAGGACAGACUUGGCGACGGUGGUCAAGGAGGCGAAGAGGGACGGUCGUGGGAUUGGUGUCGGGGAGGUGAAGCGGUGGAUGAUCCAGAUUCUCUGUGGACUGGACGCCUGCCACAGGAACAUGAUUGUGCAUCGGGAUUUGAAGCCCAGUAAUUUGUUGGUUUCGGAUGAUGGGGUGCUCAAGCUCGCAGAUUUUGGCCAGGCAAGGAUACUCCUGGAACAUGGAUAUGUUGCUGCCUACAACGGCCCAGCUCUUUACGAACAAAACCCUGUAAAUCCAGAAAAUACCUUUCAUCCACCUGAAGGUUUUACAGAAACACACAAUUCGUGCCAAGAGGCAUAUGAAAUACAAGAGCAGGGAACUAUAAGUAAAGAAGAAUAUUUUAGACAGUUAGAUGAGGUCAAGGCUAAAAAGGCUGUAGAUGAAACUGAUAAGGAAACAAAUUUUUAUGAUGGGAAUGCAUCUUGUCUUGCAACAUGCUCGACGAGCGACAUAGAGGAUGAUCCUUUUGAGAGUUCAUAUUCCUAUGAGGCUGGAGAGGGUGGAGAUAAUAGACAAGGUUGUCUCACAUCCUGUGUUGGAACUCGUUGGUUCAGAGCCCCCGAACUACUCUAUGGAUCCAUAGACUAUAGUUUAGAGAUUGAUCUGUGGUCAUUGGGUUGCAUAUUUGCCGAGCUUUUUACUCUGGAGCCCCUUUUUCCUGGAACUGCUGAUAUUGAUCAGCUCAGCAGAAUUUUUAAUGUCUUGGGAAACUUAACUGAGGAAGUAUGGCCAGCUUGUUCUAAACUUCCUGACUAUAACAUGAUUUCAUUCAAUAAGGUCGAGAAUCCGAUUGGUUUGGGAGCAUGCAUGCCCAACCUCUCCCCUGACGAAAUCUCUCUCGUCAAAAGACUUGUCUGCUAUGACCCAGCUAGUAGAGCCACAGCCAUGGAACUGCUCCAUGACAAGUUUUUCACUGAAGAGCCUCUUCCGGUUCCCGUAUCUGAGUUAUGGGUUCCUUCGACCAGAAGUGGGCAAGAUGAGGACACUCCUGGAGGAUGGAAUGAGUACGAUGAAAUGGGCUCAGAUUCUGAUUUUGAGGACUUUGGCCCUGGGAAUUUUACGAGCACUAGUACUGGUUUUUCCAUACAAUUCCCUUGAGAUCAAAGGGCAGUGAGGAUUCUCUUGAUUUAUUCCAUUAUUUGGUGGUAUUUGUAUAAUUACAUAUCAUAAUUUUGUUUAGAGUAUUGAAAAGUAACUUUGAAGUAUAUUGGACUGCCGAAAAUAUUGCCUGUUUAUGUAAAACAGAUUUUUUC